GAACGUCCUCACCGCAGCUCAUGACUAAAACUUGCCUGUUAUUGAAACAUGAGACUCGCUUUUACACUAUCUGCUUUGACCGCACUUUGCGGCCUGUCCGCGGCCGCGCCCACCGCACCGGUCAAGACCACCGGUAGCUGCCACUACGACUCGUCUCCAGACAUUAGUGAUAUCGCUGGCACCAGCUACGCAAAGCUUGUCAAGGUGGCGACCGUCCCAUCGGGCCCGACAUAUCGUUACGUUUUCUCACAUACCUCGAGUUCCUCGAAGCCUUAUUUACUGUUUAUCCACGGAUUCCCCUCAAGCUCAUUCGAUUGGCGUCACCAGAUCGACUAUUUCGUCAGCCGAGGAUAUGGUGUCAUUGCCCCCGACUUACUCGGAUUUGGUGGCACGGAUAACCCCGCUGAUCUCCAGGAAUUCACCCUGAAGAGACUGGUCUCGGAUCUGGGCGCUAUUCUUGACUGUGAAGGCGUUGAGGAUGUGUUUGCAGUCGGCCAUGACUUCGGGUCUGUGGUACUCUCGCGUGUCAUCACCUACUUCGGGAAACGUGUGAAGGGGAGCGCCUUUGUGGGAGUGGGAUACUCGCCCCCGCCCAUGUCCUUCAAUCAGGCUGGGGUGGAAGCCGCCAACAACGCCAGCCUCGAGACCCUCGGCUACCCGCCCUUUGGAUAUUGGUACUUCAUGAAUGAAGACGAUGUCGCCCCUAUCAUGGACCAGCAUUUUGACUCCGCCUUUACGCUUACCUACACCUCCGAUCCCACCUAUAUGAGAGAACACUUGUCCCCGGUGGGAGAGUACAAAAAGUGGCUUCUCGCGGAUGAGAUCGCUCCCUGGACCACAUUCAUCACUCAGGUCGAGAAGGAGACGUUCACGAACAUCACCAUGGCCCACGGGGGAUUUGACGGGCCGGUCAAAUCGUACAAGUCGCUCAUGCGGGAUCUCAAUGCCGCUGAUGAAGAAGCCAUACCAGAAACGCACGCCGUCAUCAGACAUCCGGUCUUGCUUCUCACUGCGAGCAAAGAUCCCGUGGCGAUUGCCAAUGUACAGGUCUCCAACACCGCCCCCUACGCGGCAGAUAUCCACAUCAAGUCGGUGGAGGCGGGCCACUUCUUGCAAGUGGAAAAGCCCGAUGCGGUCAGCCUGGGCAUCCAUGAGUUUGUGAAGGAGGUCCUGGCCGCCGGGGAUGCUUGCUUGUAGGCACAGCACACCCUCCACCUAACUCACUGGCCUCGUGGUUUGCAAAUAGCUUCUUGAUAUAUGUCUUCCCCGGGACGAUCGGGAGGGGGGACUUGCAGCACAUGUUCUGUUCCAAACCGUAUGAGGCUUAAGAGCAAGAGAUGUUGGGGAGCGGGGGGUGAAUUUGGAUGGAACUUCGUUGAGUGAAGUCAGGAUCAAGUGGUGAUUUUUUUUG